CUCCGCCAUCCUUCCCUCACCAUCCUUUGCCAUCCUUCACCAUCCUUCGCCUGUCCUUCACCAUCAUUCGCCGUCCUUUCCCGGCGCCGCCGCCCAAAGGCACCGGGUCUUUCCUCGAGUACCUGCAGCGACGAGCGGCGGCAGUGCUCCCGCCCGAGAGACUCCACUUCGUGGACCCCCGCGACCUCGGGGAUCCGGACGACGACACGGCCCGCGCCGCCUUCGGGGCCCUCGAGGAGAAGCACGGCCCCCCGCCGAAGGACCCCGAGCUGGCCGAGCUCGACGCCCUCCGCCCGCUCGAUGCCAGGGAGGUCGAGCGCCCGGGCGGCAGAGGCAGGGGCCGCGGCCAUGCCGCCCGCGGCGCCGACGGGCGCCAUCGAGCACUUCUCCCCGCUGCCAUCCUGGGAGGCCUUCUUCGGAGCCGCCUCCGAGCUGCUGUACUACACGCCCCACAUGAAGGCGGACUUCGCCCCCCUUCUCGCCGGAUGCAUCGGAACCUACGAGCAGCUGCGGAGGUUCUUCCUGACCCUGUACUUCGGCACGGUGCCAGAGGCCGUCGCCCUGCUCGGGCUCACGGACGAGCUGAGGCCCCUUGCACGGGUCCGCUCCUUCGCCUUCGAGCCGGCGGGCGCUGGCCGGCCCUGCGAGUGCGCGCGCCGCCGGCAGGCCGGCCAGCUGCUGCGCCGCCCUGGGGACCUGGACAUCACGGCCGCGGGAAGGUCGCGAGUGCCCGUGCGGGCGGCACCAGUGGACAGGUACCUGCGGGCCCGCGGGCCCGGCCCGCCGCGCACCUGGACGGCCAGCGUGGCGCAGCGCCUGCGCCUGGCGGGGGGCGGCGCCGGCGAGAGGCUGGCGGACGCGGCGCUGGAGUGGUACGCCGCCUCCGUCGACCAGCUGCUGGAGGACCCGAAGGAGGGGGACACGGAGGGAGAUUACUUCGACGCGUGGCUGCGCGAGUGCCAUCGGGAGAUCCACGAUGACGUGGACACUUCCGACCCCGCGGAGCUCCGGAGCGCGAAGUGGGUGGAGAGCGAGUCCUCCUCGAGGAGAUACGACCUCGGAGCGAUUCGCAUCCCAGACUACGAGUCGGCCUUCCAGGAGCUGAGGGCAUUCGACUUCCGCUCUCGCUCCUCGACGCGCCGGGAACGAGUUUUGGCCAAGAUCUUGGUCGACGCCUUCCAGCUCCGGCUGGUUGACGCAGCCGCCAUCCUGACGAUCGGCAACAUCGUGGCCCAGUCCGAGGAGGGCGCCCGCGUGGUCGUCGUGCUGUAUGCGGGUGCCGCACACUCCCGCUGCGUCGUCGAGUUCUUUCGCUCCCAGGGACUCGGACACCAGGGCCUGCCCAAGAAGGGCUACGUCGGGCAAGAGGAGUGGGAGGACGACGAGCCCCGAGGCCUGGAGCUGCCCAGCUACCUGCACGACUUCUCCGAGCUCUUCCCGGUGCCCAAGGCCCAGCCGCCGGCCGCCAGGGCGGGCGCGGCGCCGCCCAAGGCCUCGCUGCAGGAGCGGCGCAAGGCCGAGGACGCGGCCGACCAGGCCAUGCGCGAGCUCCUGGAGGAGGAGGCCCAGGCCCCAGGGCAGGCGAAGCCGAAGGCUGCCAGCAGGAAGCAGAAGAGGUGAGUGGACGCGUGCGUCUUCCCCAGAGUUUGGGAUGCCGUGGUAAGGGAGGAGGAGAAGCAUCCUCCUUCUAACAAGCGUUCCCCCCUCCCCCUGCCCCCUUGCGUGUGCCACCGAAAGAAGCAGGAGUAGGGGAAGAUUGAGGAGAGCGCGGC